CACACGAAGAAGAAUGAACACCAGCAGCAGCAGAAGAAGAAGAAGCGCUAAUGGCGGUCUGUGAAUGGAAACCGAAAGUAUCAUUGUGAGACUGUCUAAGCUGAACAGAUUUGACCACAUAGACGGACGGAGACGCAGGAAAACAGCGUAAAGAUGGCUGGUUUUCUGGAUAAUUUCCGCUGGCCAGAGUGGGAGUGUAUCGACUGGGGGGAGAGGAGGAAUGCUGUGGCGUCCAUCGUGGCUGGAGUUUUGUUCUUCACCGGCUGGUGGAUCAUGAUCGAUGCAGCCGUCACCUAUCCGUUACAGGAGCAGAUGAACCACGCCUUCCACACCUGCGGCGUCUUCUCCACCAUCGCGUUCUUCAUGAUCAAUGCAGUGUCUAACGGACAGGUGAGAGGAGACACAUAUGGAGAGGGCUGUCUGGGCCGAACAGGGGCUCGUUUAUGGCUCUUCAUUGGCUUCAUGAUGAUGUUCGGCUCGCUCAUCGCCUCCAUCUGGAUCCUGUUUGGAGGAUACGUGGUGCCCCAGAAAGAGGUCGGUCCUGGUUUGGCGGUUUUCUUUCAGAACGCUUUCAUCUUCUUCAGCACACUUAUCUACAAGUUUGGACGCACUGAGGAUCUGUGGGGGUAGAGACAGUGUUAAGACCACCCCUAGACCGCCUUCAGAUGACCUUCAGACUGUCUCCAGACACGCUGACCACGAGGAUCUCCUUAUGUUCCUGCUGUAAAAAUGUGUCCCUUAAAUUAUCUGUGCUGCUGAUGAAGACAUGCUUGAUCAUUAUUUAUCCACUGUUUAAAGGAGGGAUCCCAUGUUUGGUUACUUAAACAUGUUUUUAAUUUUUACAGUCAAAUCUCACUGUUCAGUUUUACAAUGUAAAUUUACUGUAAAGUUUUACAGUGUAGACUUGCUGUACAGUUUUAAAGAGUGAACUCUCACAGUAAAGUUCAACAAUUUAGCCUCGCUGUGAAGAAUUACAGUGUAGACGCACUAAAGUUUUGAAGUUUAAACUCUCACAAUGAAGUUUAACAGUGUGGACUAACUGUAAAGCAUUACAAAAAAGACUUACUACGGGUUACAGUGUAAAAACUCUCACUGUAGAGUUUUAUGUUGUAACCUAUCCUUAAAAUUCUAACUGUAAACCCACAGUUUGGUUUACAGUGUAAACUCUCACUGUCAAAUUUUACAGUGUAAACACACUGUAGUGUUUUACAGUGUAGACUCUCUGUAAAGUUGUAUUAGUAAACUCCCAGCUAAGUUUUACAGUGUAGACACACUGCAGAGUUUUUAAAUUGAUAACUCUCAGCAAAGUUUAAGAGUGUAAACUCACUAAAGUUUUACAGUGUAAAAUGACUAAAGUUUUACAGUCUACACUCACUGUAAUGUUUUACAGUGUAAUUACAAGCUAACAUUUUACAAUGUAAAACCACUGUAUUGUUUUACAGUGUUAACCUUUACACUGAGAUGUGUUGUUACCUGUCCAAACGUGUAUUUUUUGUUUGUUUUUUUCUUGUUAUUGACCAUCUGUUUGAUCUCAUAUUUAUUGACAGAUUUUUCAUUAGUGGGGAUGCUGAGUAAGCAUCCACACUAUUGAUUCCUGUUUAUUAUUGAUCAGAUCAAAGUCUGCUGUAGUUUCAGUAUUACAGAUAAAAUUUUUAUUUUCACCUUUAAACAUUUUAAAAAUGUUUUCCUUUUUUUUCCCCACAAACUUGUGCCAGUUGUUGUAGUUGUUUGUCUCAACUCCAGUUUUGAUCCUGAUGUAUGAACUCUUUAUUUAUUGAUUAGUCCGGAUCAAUUUUUGUUGGUUAUUGAUGAUCAGGACCGGGUAGAACAGAUGACUGCUGUAGUUUUAGUAUUCAGAGACUCUUUUAUCCUCUUUUUUUCCCACUUUUAAACACUAAGUUUUUUUUGUUUUUGUUUUUUUUUUACUGCCAUACCUCAAACUUUGGGUGUGGGUGAAAUCAGCUGAUCAGUGAGUAAAUAUCAGGGUUUCAUCUGUUCAUCUUUGUAAUCAUUGAUCUGGUUUAUAAAGAACUCUGAACAUUAACAGUUGGAGGAUGAUUCCACUUAUUUAAAAUUUCACUGGGGUCAGCCUGUUUUGUUGAUCUGCACAGCAGAGU